AUGUCCACUACAGCUCUUUAUCUUACACUAGCAUGCGCCGGUUGUGUAUGUUUUGGAGCAGUAUUUUCUGUGAUCUCCUUGAUUCUCGACAUCGGACAAUUUCGAGAAGAUCUACUAAAAAGUUCGGAUGAAUAUAAGGUUCUGUCUGGGCAAGUGUGGAAAGACAUAGUGGUUGAGGUGGAUACGAGCGCAAGGGCUAAGAGGAAGGCGCACAUCGCUAUGGCUCGUCUCCAGUCAUCCAAAUUUAACUGCCCAGCUGGACCAGCUGGCCCGCCUGGUAGCCCUGGACAAAGCGGAGAGGAUGGGUCACCGGGUGUGCCCGGGAAGAGAGGAUCUGAUGGAAUGGCGAUUGCAGCUCGGAAUCAGUUUACAGUUGGUUGUAUACCUUGUCCUCAGGGUCCAGAAGGCCCUCAUGGACCACCUGGACCUGCGGGACAUCCUGGAACGCCUGGAGUUGGAGGAUACAUUGGAAUGAAAGGAAGGAAUGGAAUGACUGGGGCACCGGGUCCCCGAGGUGACAUGGGUACGCCAGGUACCCCUGGUCUUCCGGGUAUGCAUGGCAGAAAUGGAGAUACUGGCUACAGAGGUCGAGGAAAGCCAGGCAAACGAGGUGUAGCCGGACCUCCAGGUGGCUAUGGUGCUAUGGGCAUGAAAGGAAUGGAUGGAAUCAGAGGACGUCCCGGUCAGAUGGGAAUACCAGGUAUGCCUGGAAACCCCGGCAUGAAGGGUAUGGAGGGCAUCAGCGGUAUGCCUGGGGCCCCAGGCCUACCUGGAGGAGAUGCAAGCUACUGCCCUUGCCCGAAACGAAACCAAUUUGUUGAGUCUGCUAAUCCCUACGAGAUGAGCAGUAGCGCGAAAUUUGUAGGCCCCAAAAGCAAAAAAGGAUCAAAAGGAUAA